AUGAGAUUUGAAUUUCCUGAUAAGGACAUCAUGUUCAUUCGAGAUUUUAAUAUUCCAGGCCCUGGCGAAGGACCCGAACCAGGAUCACGAUAUACGUCCGUGUUUGACGGUGCCUCUAAUGAAAAAGGUCAUGGGAUAUGGGCAAUUAUCACAUCUUCGACUGGUUUUCACAUCCCGUUCACCGCUAGAUUAUGCUUUGACUGCAAAAACAACAUGGCAGAAUAUGAGGCAUGUAUCUAUGGUAUCGAAGCAGCCAUUGAUCUGAGAAUCAAGAUUCUUGAGAUGUAUGGGGACUCUACUUUAGUGAUCAGUCAAGUUCUAGGAGAUUGGAAAACUCGAGAUAAGAAACUUAUUUCAUAUAGAGAAAACGUGGUGAAACUGAUUCCUUAUUUUGAUGAAAUCACUUUUCAUUAUAUCCCAAGGGAAGAGAAUCAGUUAGCCGAUGCUCUAGCUACUCUAGCAUCCAUGUUUAAAGUCAAGUGA